CGGGCCGGGGCCGCCGGAAGUGCGUGGCCGCCCGGGGCCAUGGCGGCGGUGUGUGUCGUGUUGUUGCUGCUCGCGGCGUCCUGCUGGCCGCUGGCCUCGGCCUCGGGCGAGGAGUUCUGGCCCGGCCAGUCCGCGGCCGACAUCCUGUCGGGGGCGGCGUCCCGCAGACGGUACCUUCUAUAUGACGUGAACCCCCCGGAGGGCUUCAACCUGCGCAGGGACGUCUACAUCCGUGUUGCCUCCCUCCUGAAGACGCUGCUGAAGACCGAAGAGUGGGUGCUCGUGCUGCCCCCAUGGGGCCGCCUCUACCACUGGCGGAGCCCUGACAUUCACCAGGUCCGCAUUCCCUGGUCUGACUUCUUUGAUCUUCCGAGUCUCAAUAGAAACAUCCCCGUCAUUGAGUAUGAGCAGUUCAUUGCAGAGUCUGGUGGGCCCUUCAUUGACCAGGUGUACGUACUGCAAAGUUACGCCGAAGGGUGGAAGGAGGGGACCUGGGAAGAGAAGAUCGACGCGCGGCCCUGCCUGGACCCACCGCUGUACUCCCAAGACAAACACGAGUACUACAGAGGAUGGUUUUGGGGCUAUGAAGAAACGAGGGGUUUAAAUGUCUCCUGUCUGUCUGUUCAAGGAUCAGCGUCUGUCAUCGCGCCCGUGCUCUUGGGCAACACGUCGGCACGGUCUGUGAUGCUGGACAGAGCCGAAAACCUGCUGCACGACCACUACGGAGGGAAGGAGUACUGGGACACCCGCCGGAGCAUGGUGUUUGCCAAGCACCUGCGGGCCGUGGGGGAUGAGUUCAGAAGCAAGUAUCUGAACUCCACCAACGAGGCCGACAGGAUCCCCUUUCAGGAGGACUGGACCAAGAUGAAGGUCAGGCUGGGCUCCUCCCUGGGGGGCCCGUACCUGGGAGUCCACCUGAGAAGAAAGGACUUCAUCUGGGGGCACAGAGAAGACGUGCCCAGUCUAGACGGAGCUGUGAGGACCAUCCGCAGCCUUAUGAAGACCCACCAGCUGGACAGAGUGUUUGUGGCCACAGAUGCCAUCAGGGAGGAAUACGAGGAGCUGAAGAAGCUGCUGCCCGAGAUGCUGCGGUUCGAGCCCACAUGGGAGGAGCUGGAGCUCUACAAAGACGGUGGCGUGGCCAUCAUUGACCAGUGGGUCUGCGCACAUGCCAGGUUCUUCAUCGGCACGUCGGUGUCCACGUUCUCCUUCCGGAUCCACGAGGAGCGGGAGAUCCUGGGGCUCGACCCGCGGACGACCUACAACCGUUUCUGCGGAGACCGCGAGGAGCCAUGCGAGCAGCCCGCUCACUGGAGGGUCGCCUACUGAGCGCACGGAGGCCUCGCGGCCCCGGGCCCGCACUGUGUCCACGCGGCGGGCGGACUGUGGGCUCCCGCCUGUCGCGUGUGUGCCGUGGGAUGGCGCCUGCCCCCAGCCAGUAGGCUGGGCACACACGCGCUUCCCGGGGGCCCAGGCACGGCGUGGCCCACGGGGUAUGGCCUGUGGCCACUAGGUCACAGCGUGGAGCACUGCGUCAGGAGCCGCGCCACCGUCCUACGCUGGGAGGCGCCGCUGCUCUCUGGUGUUGGGGUCUGAAACUGCACCCCCGCCCCCAGCAGGCCCCACAUGCAGCCGUGAAGGUGUAGGGGUGCGUUUCUCAGGCCUCCGUGUGGAGGCUUCCCUGUGGCAGGGUGGGGACAGAUGAGCUGUGAGCACCUCCCAUCCCAGGGCGCACCAAGUGGGCGGUGGUGCCAAGCUUGGCCUGGGGCAGGCCUGUGUCGUCAUGCUCAGGCCGCCGCCGCCCUGCCCUCUGGCCCCGCGUGAGGACUCAGGGUGGGGUCACGGGAGCUGUAGCGCUGACGUGCAGAGUGGGUCUGGGGCUUGGCCGUCUCUCCCCCAUCAGCUUGGGAGCCCCCGGCAGCUGUGCACGUGGAGAGGAGCUCUGGGGGUCUGUGGGAAGCCAGCGGCCUGCGCUGCUCACCCCGGUGUCUGGGUGGUGCAGGAGGGCUGGCUGGGGGCCUGAGGCGUGUGGCCACUGCAGACACCACUGGUCGGGGCCCUCUGGGCCACCUCACAGACACCCGCCGCAGGGCACGUGGAAUUGGCCGUGGGGCAGCACCGCCUCGGCCCCCCUGCCGCCUCUCACUAGGGGCCCGGCAUCCCACAGGUGCCCUGGCUGAGCAGCAGGGGGCAAGCGUGGCACGGAGAGGCCUCUGCAGAGCCCACACGUCCAGGGCCUGUAGGGUCUCGGGUCCUUCCUGCCUCUUCUCCUUCCCAGGCUUUUGAAGUCAACCCUGGACACAUAAUAGGGGCCUGUGGUGUCACUCAGCCAUGUGGCUUGAAGUGAUGAAAUCUUCCGUUUGUACAUUGAAAUACUAAUAAAGACCUUUCCUAGAAA